GAAGAAGAAGCAACAGAAGAAGAAUGUAGCUUCCGGCUGAGUGGAUUGAUGACGGCAGGCUUGUGCUAGCAACUGCGACUUGAACUGAACUCGUAAAGAGUCGGAAGUGUACAGUCGUCUGUAAAGCUGACUCACUCAGACAGGGGGUCACCGCCACCCACAUAAGUGGAAGUGGACUAAAGUUGUACGUGCGUGCAGCCUCACACGUCAUCAUGGUCUUGGCAGAUUUAGGCCGCAAGAUCACCUCGGCGCUGAGGUCACUCAGCAACGCCACCAUCAUCAAUGAAGAGGUUCUGAACGCCAUGUUGAAGGAGGUUUGUGCUGCCUUGCUGGAGGCCGACGUCAACAUUAAGCUUGUCAAACAGCUGAGAGAGAAUGUCAAGGCCGCAAUAGACCUGGAGGAGAUGGCAUCCGGUCUGAACAAGAGGAGGAUGAUCCAGCACUCUGUCUUCAAGGAGCUUGUUAAGUUGGUGGAUCCUGGUGUGAAGGCAUGGACUCCCGUCAAAGGAAAGAACAACGUCAUCAUGUUUGUUGGCCUGCAGGGGAGUGGCAAAACCACAACCUGCUCGAAGCUGGCGUAUUUCUACCAGAGAAAAGGCUGGAAGACCUGCCUGAUCUGCGCUGACACCUUCAGAGCUGGUGCCUUCGAUCAGCUCAAACAGAAUGCCACCAAGGCCAGAAUCCCCUUCUACGGCAGUUACACAGAGAUGGAUCCUGUGGUGAUUGCGUCAGAGGGGGUGGAGAAGUUCAAAGGAGAGAAUUUUGAGAUCAUCAUCGUAGACACGAGUGGAAGACACAAACAGGAAGACUCGCUGUUUGAAGAGAUGCUGCAAGUAUCCAAUGCUGUGCAACCAGACAACAUUGUGUACGUGAUGGACGCAUCCAUUGGUCAGGCCUGUGAGUUGCAAGCCAAAGCCUUCAAAGAUAAAGUGGAUGUGGCGUCGGUCAUCAUCACCAAACUGGACGGUCACGCCAAAGGAGGCGGAGCUUUGAGCGCGGUGGCAGCCACCAGGAGUCCCAUCAUCUUCAUCGGAACAGGGGAACAUAUCGAUGACUUUGAGCCUUUCAAGACGCAGCCGUUCAUCAGUAAACUACUUGGCAUGGGCGACAUUGAGGGCUUGAUCGACCGAGUCAACGAGCUCAAGUUGGACGACAACGAGGAACUGAUUGACAAGCUGAAACAUGGUCAGUUCACACUCAGAGACAUGUAUGAACAGUUCCAAAACAUCAUGAAGAUGGGACCUUUUGGACAGAUCAUGGGUAUGAUUCCAGGCUUUGGAACAGACUUCAUGAGUAAAGGAAAUGAGCAAGAAUCAAUGGCCAGACUAAAGAAACUGAUGACCAUCAUGGACAGCAUGAACGACCAAGAGUUAGACAGUAAGGAUGGAGCUAAGCUGUUUAGCAAGCAGCCCAACAGAAUUCAGCGUGUGGCUCGUGGAGCGGGCGUGGCCACUCGAGACGUCCAAGAACUUUUGACCCAAUACACCAAAUUUGCUCAGAUGGUGAAAAAGAUGGGUGGGAUCAAAGGCCUCUUCAAAGGAGGAGACAUGUCCAAGAAUGUCAACCCUUCUCAGAUGGCGAAACUCAACCAGCAGAUGGCUAAAAUGAUGGACCCACGGGUGCUCCACCACAUGGGUGGCAUGGCGGGACUUCAGUCCAUGAUGCGUCAGUUCCAGCAGGGCGCAGCAGGAAACAUGAAGGGCAUGAUGGGAUUCAACAACAUGUGACACACAAAGCAGGAUUUUUCAAUCUGGACUUUUUUGGACCUUGUUAAGUUUGUUUAGUCCUGAUUGGACCAGACACCAAAUAAAUCUUUCUCUUGCUCUAUUUUAAAACUGUCAUUUUAUGCUGAUGUUGUUAUUUUUCAAAGAAUCAUCAGCCCAAAAUACCACCGGUACCAAGGGCAAUAAAGCUCUGAAUAUUUUA